AAAAAAGGUGGCAGUCAGGGUAAUAAGCCGAGUGCAGCAAUCAUCGCAAUCGAUGGUUUGUCGGAUUGCAGGACAAGGUGGUGGUGGCGCAAGCAACGGCGACGGCACCAGCAAACGUGGAGGAAUCGUGCGGUGGUAGGGACAGAAGAAGAAGAAGACGAAGGAGGAGAAGGAGGAGAAGGAGGAGGACGGCCAGAAGGAGUCGGGCAAAAAGCGGAAGAUCCGUGUCGAGUGUGGCUGAGUGCUCCGUUGCCGCCGCCGUUUGAGCGCCGUCAACCGAGUCCCUCUCAGCUCCGCACUUGCACACGCUCCUCUCCCGCGCGCAAAUCUUAAACUACGGCCACCAUGUUGGACAUAUUCCGCGGUCUCAAGAACCUGAUCAAAGUCAGCCACAUCCACAUAGACUCGUCCGUCUUCCGGCUGCACUACAGCAUCACGGUCAUGAUCCUGCUGGCGUUCAGUCUCAUUGUGACGACGAGACAGUACGUCGGCAAUCCGAUCGACUGCAUCCACACCAAGGAUAUCCCCGAGGACGUCCUCAACACCUACUGCUGGAUCCAUUCGACUUAUACGAUCCACAGUGCCCACCUGAAAAAGGUCGGGUUCGAGGUGCCCCAUCCGGGCGUCGACCGGGCGCCCAGAGACGAGGCUGAUAAGAAAUACGUCAAGUACUAUCAGUGGGUCUGUUUCUGCCUCUUCUUCCAGGCGAUCCUGUUCUACGUGCCUCGCUGGCUAUGGAAGAACUGGGAAGCGGGCAAGAUCCACGCCCUGAUGAUGGAUCUGGACGUGGGCAUUUGCUCGGAAGUGGAGAAGAAACAGAAGAAGAAACUGCUGCUCGACUACCUGGUCGACAACCUCAAACAUCACAACUGGUGGGCCUAUCGCUACUUUUUCUGCGAGACGCUCGCCCUGGCCAACGUCGUCGGGCAAAUGUUCCUGAUGAACACGUUCUUUGACGGCGCCUUCCUGACGUUCGGCUUCGACGUGAUCGCGUUCGCGGAGCGCGACCAAGAGGAGCGGAUCGACCCGAUGAUCUACAUCUUCCCGCGGAUGACCAAGUGCACUUUCAACAAGUUCGGCACGUCGGGCGAGGUGGAAAAGCACGACGCGCUCUGCAUCCUGCCGCUCAACGUCGUCAACGAAAAGAUCUACAUCUUCCUCUGGUUCUGGUUCCUCAUCCUCGGCUUCCUGACGGCCCUCGUCCUCCUCUACCGGCUCAUCAUCAUCCUGAGCCCGCGCAUGAGGGCCUACCUCCUCUACAUCCGAUUCCGGCUCAUCAACCGCGAGGUCAUCAACACGAUCGUCCGCAAGUCGAAAAUGGGCGACUGGUUCCUCUUUUACAUGCUGGGACAGAACGUCGAUUCCAUCAUCUUCAAGGAGGUGAUGCACGAGCUGGGCAAGAAGCUCGGCCACACCGGCAAAGACUUUAUGGACGCUUAGCACAGGGCGGCGUCGGGAGACAACCAGCGCUCCUCCGAUAGCAGACAUAUCCUCUUCGACACUUGGUCGAACGCUCCAUCGACCUCCGCCGCCGCCGCCGCCGCCGCCGCAUCACUUUCCACAUCCGCUUCCUCCGCCGGAGCCGGAGCCACAGCCGAAGUCCGACUGCUUUACGACACUGAGAUACGCGACUUGGAAGCCGCCGGAAUGAGCGAUCAUUCGGCCGGAUUCAUGGGAUUCCGAACGCCCAACGGCAUCAUCAUCCGCCACCAUCUGGGCGCCGUUAGCGCUGGAUCUUUCCGUCGCCCAAAAGCCCCCGCCCGACGAGACUCGUACGACGAAUCAGCCGCCGGAUCCGUUCACAUGCAGACCCACAGGCAACACGGCCAUUCCGCUUCUUCCGGACAGCCGAAAUUCCGCGAACACGGACGAGCCAAAUUCGCGCCAUCCUCGUCCUCUCACGGCUAUCGUCAUUGACAUUUUUUUUUUUUUUUUUUUUUUUUUUUUGAAAUUUUCCAUUUUGGGGCGAGGGCUUUUAUGCAAAUUCUCUGUCGGACUUCAGAUUUCGUGACUCCACGUACACGCCCCCCUGUGUAGGCUUCUCGAGAGGGAGAGCAAUCCAAAAAAAAAAAAAAAAAAUAAUAAUUCGGUUCGUCUCCUUCCUCUGUGUGUGUGUGUGUGUGUUUUGUGUGGUGUUUCUUGGACAACACCAAUCACUUUUUUUUUCUCAACGAAAGAAAAAAAAAAAACAAACAAAAUCCCUUUUUCCCUCUUUUUAG